UGCUAUAUUUCUGACCACAUCGGUUUUUAAUCAAUGGUUUUUCGUUUGAGUCUUUUGCUAUAUUUAUAUGAAAAUUGUGUUUUAUAUUUUCAAGCCUAGUGAGAAUUGUGUAGCUGAUGUGAAUUUGUGACUUCACCAUCAAAAUUUUGUUAGCCAGAACUGAGCAAUGUUUAAUUCUUGCUUGAGCAACCUGGUGUCUCUUGAUUCUUCUUGAAAUAGUGGGUUUUGACAGCUUCAGUGUUGUGAUACUAUCAUCGUUGCCGUCACUCAGUGGUUCUAAUUUUUAUAUAUGGUAGCAGUAGUAUCAACAACAAUUAGCAGAGAUGACUAUGUUGUCGAUUAUGGGUUGUGGUCUCCACCAUCAUAGUGAUUCUGGUAUAUUUUAAAUUUGAUUUACCAUUAGUAGUGUUGACUAAGAUAGGCACAAUCACCUGUCUCUUUGCAUUGCUAUACCGGACCAAUCCUAAUUGUAAAGAUGUGUUCAGAUUUGCAUGGAAAACGCAUACAUAUCUUGUAAUAAUUAGUGGCAGACAACAGUGAUUAUGAUACACUUUAGAAAAAAGUUUAAUUCGAAAAUUGAGCUUAUAAACUUUUAUAUAAGUUCUACCAAUCUCCCCUUUCUCUAUGUAGCCUUAUUACUAAAUUUUGAACAGUAGAUAGAAAACUAUUCCAAUUUUCCUGUUUAAUUAUGUCACAAUUGCAGAUUUCUGUUGAGCUUCCUGUGCUAGAUUUAUCCCAACCAGUGCAUCCCUCUUUUUUGUCUACCCUUUCUAGAGCUUGUCAAGAAUGGGGUUUUUUUUAUGUCACCAACCACGGUAUCUCCCAAAACAUGUUUGACAAAGUUUGUGCAUUUUCCAAGCACAUGUUUAGUAAUCCCUCAGAUACCAAGCUCAAGCUUGGUCCAUUUUCAUGCAUUAAAACCUGCACUCCAUAUUUUAUAGCUUCGCCUUAUUUUGAGAGCCUUAGAGUGUCUGGACCAGACUUCUUUGCCUCUGCCAAGGCUUCUGCAGACGUGCUCUUUGCUCAACAGAGUUCAGAAUUUAGCGAGAUAUUGAAAGAGUAUGGAAUCAAGAUGAUGGAGUUAUCUAAGACAAUUAUAAAGAUUAUAUUAAUGAGUCUGGGAAAUGGUUAUGAAAGAAAGUUUUACGAUGCAGAAUUUAUUAACUGUCAUGGGUAUCUAAGGUUAGUAAAUUAUACACCACCAGAGAUGGUAGAAGAAAAUCAUGUUGAAGGACUUGGAAUGCACACUGAUAUGAGUUGUAUAACAGUAGUCUAUCAGGAUGAGAUUGGUGGACUUCAGAUGAGGUCUAAAGACGGGCAAUGGAUGGACAUAUGUCCAUGUGAGAAUUCUCUAGUUGUUAAUAUUGGAGAUUUGUUGCAGGCUUGGAGCAAUGGAAGAUUAAGGUCAUCUGAACAUCGGGUUGUUUUAAAGCGACAAGUAAAUCGCCUUUCACUGGCCUUCUUCUGGUGCUUUGAAGAUAAAAAGGUGAUCUUAGCACCAGAAGAAGUUGUGGGGGAAGGAUCUCUUAGAAUAUACAAGCCCUUUGUUUGCUUGGAUUAUCUUAAGUUUAGAGAGAGUAAUGAGGAAGGUAAAUUUGAGAGAAUUGCAUAUACAGUCAAAGAUUUUGCAGGAAUAAAAUAGCAAGUGCAGUGUCAGCAGUCGCGCUUGUGACGCUAUUAGUAUUAAUUGAAGUGUUUUGACUUCCAAUGGAACAUUACAAUGAGAACAGGAGAGAAAAGUUAGAUGGGUCGAGAUGUGAUUGAUGUGCAAGAAAGAAUUUGUCCCUUGAAGGAUUCUAAUAAGUACUAUAAAGUGAUGGUACAAAUAUACAGUAGAGUUGAUAUUCAACUUUUGUGUAGUGU